AUUUUUUAGUCAUCUCCAGUUUUUUAAAGUUUUUUCGGCCAAAGAGAGGUCGAAUCGAAAUAAAAAGUAUAUAUUCGUGAUCAGCUUUUGAAGGGCUUUCAAACCAUAUAUAAACGAACGAGAAAAAAAAUUCACUCCAGUUUUGCAUUACCGGCACCUUACUCUUAAAUCUUUCUCUUCUCUUCUGGUUUCUUCGCGUUUGUAAGAAAAAGAGAAUAUUAAUUUUAUGUUUUAAGAGAAAAGAUUGUAUUGUGUAUAUAUUUAAUUGUAGGUCGGUUUUUAGUAUAUUAGAAAAAUUUGAUGAAGCAACACGAAAACAAUGGUUCCAAUUUUUAAAAGGAGAAUUAACAAAAUUAAAUUUGUUUGACAAGCCGGCUCAGAUUUUUAAUUGUGACGAAACAGGUUUUGCUGACAAAACAAAAGGAGAAUGGGUUAUCGUUAAUUCAAGUGUUCGACAUCAGUUUGAGUUGAAUGGGGGGACUGGCAAAAAUUAUACAACAGCGUUGAUUGCUGUUAGUGCCGCUGGUCAGCUCCUACCACCUUUUAUUAUUUAUGCCGGAAAACAUAUAAUGAGCAGCUGGUGCACUGGUGGUCCAGAUGGCACCCAUUAUGCUGUUACACCAAAAGGAUGGAUUGAUGCUGAACGAUAUGAAUACUGGUUCGAACAAGUUUUUAUCGCUUCGACAGCACACAUCAAUCGGCCGUUAUUGUUGAUAGUCGACGGACAUACAGUUCAUAUAAGUUUAAAAUUAAUCGAGCUCAUGAGUAAAUAG